CGCAGUACCAUUUACAGAACACAGCAGACACAAGGCAGGGUGGAAGCUGCAUAGCGUGCUCUAAUAAUACUACAAAAUAUUAACAUGUAUUAAAUGUUAUACUUUUAUUUUUAUUAUUUGUAAUAAUUUGACAUUUUUCAGUAAGUGCAAACAAUAAUGAUGAUUCCAAACACGACUGUACAACAGCUGUGUUAAAAUUAAUAGUUAUAAUAAUGUAUGUCAUUUAUCAUUGUUUAAAUUAAAGUAUAAACUUCGUAUUCAUUUUUAACUUCAACCAUGUAAACCACACGCCACUGUACCACACCGAAAUCUAAACUUUGUAUAGGACAGUUCUCUUUCGUGGCACUGCCGUGCACGCGUACAGUGAUCGCGCGAGCAAACCCCGGUUACCUUUGCCUUGUGAAACACAUGAGGCUGCGAGCUGUACUGUACCGGGUAGAACAGGACUUACAAUUGAGCUUUUGAAAUAUGAACCUUAUCCAUGAAUAUUGUAGAAGCUGAUGGGAGCUCCUACCUUUCAUCAAACUUGCCUUUCUGAAUUUCCCAGUCCUUGGGUUUGCCUUUGCAUUCUGUAUUUCCAUAACAACUACCCCUGUUGGGAUGCAAAACAAGAAAUUACCCAAAGUGUUAAGAAUAUAUUACUAAACAUCUGAAGACCCUAACAUCAAUUCAAAGGUAAUUGAUUGGAUUCCCACAUGUACUUGGUUUACUGCUGCAUUUAAGCGGUUUUGAAGAUGGAAGGAUGCUCAGUAUCCCCGAUUCUGCCAGCUGCUUUGUUCACUGGAUUUCUGUACUAUGUCGCCAACCUCCGACCCGGAGUCGACACAAAUCAUUUGCAGAAGCCAAAUGUUAUUGUCAUUCUGGCUGAUGAUAUUGGAUGGGGAGACCUGGGGCAAAACUGGCCAAGAACAAGUGAGACCCCCAACCUAGAUCUGAUGGCACAACAAGGAAUGAGAUUUGCAGAUUUCCACGCAGCUGCUUCAACAUGCUCCCCAUCCAGAGCCUCCCUGCUGACCGGCAGGCUGGGGUUACGGAACGGAGUGACCCGGAACUUUGCUGUUGGUUCCGUAGGGGGUCUCCCACUGAACGAGUCUACACUUGCUGAGAUAUUGAAGGGGGUCGGAUACUACACUGCCAUGAUAGGUAAAUGGCAUCUGGGACACCACGGCCUGUAUCAUCCUAACAAUCGGGGUUUUGAUUACUAUUCUGGGAUUCCUUACAGCAAUGACAUGGGCUGCACCGACACGCCCGGGUAUGACAUUCCAUUCUGUCCGCCAUGCCCGAAAGAUCCUGAGACAGACUGCUGCAAACACAAAGACUGUUACUCAACAGUAGCACUGCCUCUGUUCGAGAACAUGAGUAUUGUGGAGCAGCCUGUUAACCUGAGUGCCUUGACAGAACACUACGCGGAGAGAGCGACAAGAAUUAUCCAGCAUGCCAGUAAAAACAGAAAACCCUUCUUCUUGUAUGUGGCAUUGGCACACAUGCAUGUCCCUCUGUCUCCAGCUGUGCACUUUGUAAACACAACUCGCCAAGGCGUAUAUAGUGCCAGCCUCAGGGAAAUGGACAGCCUUAUCGGCUUGAUAAAGAACACUUCUGACACCACAGAUAAAGAAAACACCAUUAUCUGGUUUACUGGAGACAAUGGCCCUUGGUCCCAGAAAUGUGAGUUUUCAGGAAGUGUAGGUCCUUUUCUUGGAAGCUGGCAAACACAUAAAGGAGGGAGUUCUGCCAAACAGACUACAUGGGAAGGUGGGCACCGGGUACCCACUAUUGCAUACUGGCCAGGCAAGAUCCCAGCCAACAUCACCAGCACGGCGCUGCUCAGUGUCCUGGAUAUCCUCCCGACUGUACUUUCCCUGGCUAGGGUGGGCCUCCCGCUCGACCGGCACUAUGACGGGAUGGAUGCCACUGAGGUUUUGUUCAGUCGCUCACAAACAGGACACAAGACUCUGUUCCACCCCAAUAGUGGAGCUGCUGGUCGAUUUGGGGAUCUGCAGACUGUGAGACUAGAGCAGUACAAGGCUUAUUACCUCACAGGGGGUGCAGAGGCUUGUGGAGGGGGUACAGGGCCGGAGCAGCUCCAUGACCCCCCUCUCAUUUUCGACCUGUCUCGUGACGUGGAGGAGGGGGCUCCCCUGGACAGCAGCAGUGCAGAGUACCGAGGCGUCCUGGAGAGGGUCACUGCUGAGAGAGAGGCCGUGCUUCAGGACAUUGCCACAGACAACGUGUCCCGAGCAGACUACACUAUCGACCCUGCAGUGGAGCCCUGCUGUAACCACCAGCACAUAGUAUGCCGGUGUCAGGGACAAAAGUGAACACAGAGACAGCGACAGUGUUCCACACCCAGUUGGGAACUUUAUCUCAUUUCCAUUCCGGUCCAAACACUUUUUUCCUGUGGCCACAGAAUUGUGAAAUGUAAAACACAGGGUUGUUAGAAAUCAAAAACCCUCAAAGUGGCAGUGACUUUUAAAAGAAGUGUCAAGCUUUAUAUUUGACAGAGAAGGUAAUGGGAUGAUAACAUUUUGUUGGACUCCCACAGGAGGGUGUAGUCUGUGUACAGACAGGGCUGUGCUAAUGUACAAAUGUUUUAAUGGCUUUUUAAUUUUUU